UUUUCGGAUUGAAAACGUUCCGCGACACGCUUUUCCGUUGGCAACUUCCAUGGUGAUUUCCACAAGAUACCACCCCAUGUUCCAAAUACAUGAAAUACCGGGUCCCCAAUAGAUUAACUGUAGUGUUGCUAUCGUCUAUCGUUAUCCUUAUCCCCUCACCUCUUCUAGUAGUGGCUAGUGGAAACUGUUUGGGUUGUGAAAAAAAAAACGCUAUAUUUGAACAUAAAGAUUUUUUUUAUUAGCGUGUUCUUCGUUUUCACAAAGGCCACUUUUGCGGGAUGGGAAUGGUAUCUAAAAGGAAAAAAAAACAAUGAGUAGUGAAGGUCCAGUUAAGAUUGUAGGAAUUAACCAUGGAGUAUGUCUGCAUCAUUUCUUGUUGAUGGAUGGAUGGAAGGAAAAAAGAACAAUUCACUGAUGUUACAUUUUUUUGCCAGUCUCCAGAUGACAAUAAUGAACAACACAGCUUACAAAACAAGCUCCGUGCUAACAGAAGUGUUCUUGCUGCUGCCAGCCGGUUCUUUUCCAUCCUGUUACCUGAUUGUGAGUUAGACCUAGAUGUCUGCAUCUCAAUUGAUCUGAGCUUUGAAGAACUGUUUUGUGUUCUUGAGUACAUCUAUUCUGGGAAGCUGCUGUGUUCAGUCAAAAGCAAAGACAGAAUUUUAAGUAUUCUAAAAGAAUUUGAUAUUUUCGUGCCUGAUCAUCUACAGAAUUCAGUAGACUGUGGAAGAAAUGGAAGUAGUGAGGCAGAAGUGGAAAUAAUAUUUGAAGAAGCCAUUGCAAGUGAACCAAAAACUACUAGAGAUCCCACAAACAUUUCAGAGGAUAAAUCUCCCUUUGCAACUUCUGCCGAUGUUCGUGUAGUUUUUUACCUGGUUAUAGUCGCUUUCGGCAAAAAGCGCGUUAUUGGUCCGAAAUUCCUAUAUGUCUGAGCCAUUGUUCAAAAUGCAGCUUUAACCUGAUAGGUCUACAAUAGCUGCCGUAUUUAUCCCAAAACUGAGGGAAAGCAAAAUAGGUUUAACAGAAACUGAAAGACUUUUUCUCAUAUGACACAUGGUCUCAAAACUUGUUGAUGUUUCCAUACCAAAACAUCUGAUGCUCAAUUUCUGUUGCUUUCCUUGCUAGUUCAUGUUAAUUUGCCAACUUCUUUUUUAAAAAAAAGGAGUAGACUAUCUGCAUUUAGCUUAUUAAAUAUUUUUUCUUAAAAUAUUAUUUCAGGCGUCUUAACUGCCUAUUGAAGCAAAAGUAGACUACACGGCACCAUCGCUGUUCAUUAGGCCUACUUUGAUAUUCCUGAUGGGCCAGGAUAAAAUGCGGACCGCGGACUGCGGACUGCGGACUUUCACCUGCGGACUGGCCCGAAAUUUUUGACAGCAGUCCGCAGUUUCUCCACAGGGUAGCUGUCCGCAGUCCGCGUAUUAUACGGGGAUACAGCAUUCCAUAUAGACAUUUCUAUGCGUUGGUAAGGCAGAAAAUUGGUAAGCAAAGUCUUCAUUUCAUAAUCGUAUUUAACAUUAAAAUUUCAUAAUAUAUAUAGCAGCAAAAUUUGACUUGUUUUUACAGGACAAGACAGAUCAACCUUAUUUUUGUCAUGCAUUGGCUGUUGUUCGAUAACUGUUGCUUUUUAAAAAUAUGUAUGGAUGCAACAAUUCCAAUGAAUAAAAAUAAAAAUGCGCACAGCUCUUA